AUGACAUCCUCCCAAAGACCCUCGCCCUCAACCCGCCUCCCAACGCCCCGAGUCGUCAUCACGAACCUCAUCAACUCCCUCACAUCGGCCUCCCUCGCGUUGCCGUCAUCCGCCGACGCAGGCGACACGCGAAACCCCCUCACAUCUCUCCCCCAACCCCACCGCGCGCUCCUCGUCACCCUCCACGUCCUCUUCCCGUCCCUAGUCCUCCCGGCACUAGACCUCCUCGACCGCAAUCUCGUCACCCGUGUGGUCCCGGAACCCGCCGCAUCCAGCGACGACAGGCGGGAAGCCGACAACCCCGCCGAUGACCCCGCACUCGUUCGCCACCACCGCUCUCCCGCUCGUGCUUGCGACGAGGCCGGUACCGCCGCCGAUGGGCAGGGGUCCUCACCACCCUUUCCUUCUCAAGCGCCCCCAUACCACAUAAACCGUCCCCAACCUCUCCCGGCCGCAUUCCAUCUGGUCCGCUCCGUUGCCUCGACGAUGUCCCGCCGAAGCCACGCCUUCGCGACAUCGAUCUCGGCGUCGACCACCUACCUCGUUCGGCUCGACGCUUGGAACUGUACUUGCGCCAACUUUGCCUUCGAGGCGUUUCCUGCCGCCGCUGGUACCGCCGCCACGGGGGAAGAUCUCGAGGAUGAGGUCAUGGAUGCAGAUGUGACCGAGGACUCCGAUAGACAGGGCGAGGAGGGAGGAUGGCAAUUUGGAGGUUUGAGUCUAGACGGAGUGGGUAGCGGCAGUGUGCCUUGCUGCAAGCACUUGCUUUCUUGCCUGCUGUCCGAGCAGUGGGGGGACGCGUUGGGGAAGUAUGUUGCGGAGAAGAGAGCGAACAGGGAGGAGAUGGCGGGGUUGGUCGCCGAUAUGUAA